AUGGCCGAAACACGCCUAUUCAAACCUUUGAAGAUUGGCAGCGUGGAGCUCAAUCAUCGCAUCGCAAUGGCUCCACUGACUCGCUUCCGGGCAACCGACGACCGCAUCCCAACCCCUCUGAUGAAAGAAUACUACGGCCAGCGAGCAUCUGUACCAGGCACGCUGAUCCUCAGCGAGGGAACCUUCAUCUCACCAUCAGCAUGCGGCGGGUUCGCCAACGCGCCUGGAAUCUGGAAUGAAGAGCAGGUCGCGGCGUGGAAGACAAUCACCGACGAAGUCCACCGCAAAGGCAGCGCCAUCUUCUGCCAGAUCUUUGCGAUGGGUCGGGCUGCGAUUGCGGAAGUCGCUAUUAAGGAUGGAGUGGGCAUUAUAGGGCCGAGUGCGAUUCCGAUAGAUGAAGACGCACCGGUACCACAGGCUAUGACUGUUGAAGAAAUCAAGCACACAGUUCGGGACUUUGCGAAUGCUGCGAGGAAUGCGGUUAGGGCUGGCUUUGACGGCGUUGAGGUUCAUGGGGCGAAUGGCUAUCUUGCUGAUCAGUUUAUCCAAGACACCAGCAACCAUCGAGACGACAAGUACGGCGGGAGUGUGGAGAACAGGUCUCGCUUUAUCAACGAAGUCAUGGAGGCUGUUGUCGAUGCUGUCGGUCCAGAACGUGUUGGGCUUCGUCUCAGUCCGUGGAGCCAGUUCCAGGGAAUGGGGAUGGCGAACCCAAUACCGCAAUUUACAGACAUUAUCACCAAAGCCAGCACUUUGAACCUAGCAUAUAUUCACUUGGUCGAGGCCCGGAUAUCCGGCAGCAACGAUUACGAAGGCAGUGAGCCGUUGGACUUUGCAUACAAGUUGUGGGAUGGUCCUAUUCUUGUUGCAGGGGGCUAUAAGCCGUUGGAAGCACAGAAGCUGGUUGAUGAAGAGUAUCCGGACAAGGACAUUGUUGUUGUCUUCGGGAGGCAUUUCAUUGCAAAUCCGGAUCUGGUGUAUCGAGUCAAGGAGGGUCUCGAGCUCACUGCGUAUGACCGUGGGACGUUUUAUGCUUGCAAAUCGCCAGUGGGCUAUACAGAUUACCCAUUCAGCGUGGAAUAUCUGGCAAGCGUAAGCAAUAAGCUUAUCUACUAG